AAACAUCUUUUGUGGUGUAUCUAGCAGGAAGUGCCAUUUAAAAAGAAAGCAGAAGGAAAACCUCAUUAUUUUACUCUGUGACUUGACUGUGACUGAAAACGACAUGAUAUGCGUUACUGCUAGUCGUCAUCAACUACACAGCAAAACAAUCCUCAAAACAGAUUCUUUUCGGACAAUACUUCCACUAAUGAAGGCUCAAGGGCUUCCCUCCUGCUUGUCAUUGGUGGUACUCCUGAUGUCUUUGCCACCUUCAUUCUUGCUGGACAUGGAGAUAUUAAUUCUUGACUACUCUUCCAGAAACCUUUCUGCUGUCCCCACUGAUAUCCCACCAUUUACACAAAGCCUAGAUCUCUCUCAGAAUCGCAUCUGGACCCUGAAGAAAUAUGACUUUCAUGGAACGCCCAGACUCCAUUUUCUUAAUCUCUCCUGGAACAUUCUGAAAGAUAUACACCCAGACACAUUUAUUUCCACCCCUCUUCUGACAACACUGGAUCUGUCCCACAACAACCUGGAAAUGCUAUCCCACCAACAAUACCUGGUUCGAGCACAAAACCUACAGUACUUGGACUUGUCAUCCAACGUACUUGCAGUUAUAGCACUGGGGGGUGAGUUUACCAAACUCACAAAACUUCAGUGGCUUGGUUUGAGUGCAAGCAGUAUUGAGAACAACAGCUUUGCUAACAUAUCUGGCCUCCAUCUCCAAAUCCUUUUCAUUCAGGCUCAAAAUUUGAAUUCGUAUGAAAACGGAAGUCUCACGGGUACAAAAACCAACAAAAUUGUUGUGCAAAUGCCCAAUAAUGCAUAUGAUCUCCCAAUAAUUGUUGAUGCUUUGACAUCCUUUAGAGAAGUAGAGCUAAGGGGGUUACACAAUCCAGAGGACUUCUUCAGAAAUCCCAUGGUACGCCAAGUACACAUUCAAACGGUUCAUUUACAUCUAUCUUUUAUCUUCACUACCUGGGAGGUAAUAACAUCUCUUACCAGUGGAGCCUUAAUAUCAUCUAUUCGUCAGUUUAGUCUGUCUCAACUCACACUAAACAGUAUGAAAGGACUUUAUUUUGUGAUCCAAGGCUACUCGUUAGAUUCCUUCAGUAUUAGACAGGCAUCAGUAACAGUGUUCCUUUUUGAUCAGCAGAAUCUAUAUGACUACAUCAUCAAUAUACCUACAAAAAACCUAACUUUUGCACAGUCACCAAUAGUUCAUAUGACCUGCCCAAGAGUUGUUAGCAUGAUACAGAUGCUUGAUUUAUCUGACUGUGUCCUAACUGAAAAAGUCUUCAAAGGUCCCGAAGGGGAAUGUAAAACUUUGAUCAAUCUGGAGAUACUGCUGUUGAAGGGCAAUAACCUUAGACAUUUGAUGCCACUGACUUCAAGAGUUCAACUAAUGAGCUCUUUAAGAUACGUAGACUUUAGCCAGAAUUCACUGACUUAUAAGGAAACUCAGGGUAGAUGUACUUGGCCAUCUAAAAUCACGCACUUGGAUUUAUCUUUUAAUGAGUUUGACCAGACUGUGUUCAAGUGCUUGCCAAAUAAUCUAGUCAAUCUCAACCUCCAGAGCAACCACAUCAGUGCAAUUUCAGUAAAUAUCUCUGGUCUGAACUUUCUCAAAGUUCUAGAUCUUACUGCAAAUCGUCUAGUGGAUCUUCCUGACUGCCUGGGGUAUCCAAAAUUGCAGAAACUUGUGCUACGUGGGAACUUCCUGCAUGCACCAUCAACAAGGACUCUCAAGACCUGUUCACACCUAAGUGUAGUGGAUAUCAGUAGUAAUCCCUACAUCUGUACCUGUCCUUUGCGAGAAUUCACCAACCUUAUUGAUGACAAAGGUACAUUGUGGGGCUCAAAGUCUUCAAAGAAUCGAAGGAUCACCAUGGAUCGCUGGCCAGAUGGGUAUCAAUGUAGUUACCCAGAAUACUGGAAAAAAACAAUGCUUAAAAACUUCAGGCUGCUUGAGAUCACCUGCAAUGCUGGACUACUCGCAGUAACCAUUUUGGUCCCAGCUAUAAUUUUAGCCGUUGCUGUAGGAAUUCUAUGCCAACAACUAGAUCUUCCUUGGUAUAUGAGCAUGAUUUGGAAAUGGACCCGUGCAAAGCACCGCGCUCAAAGAUCCCAGCAACGAGCAGAAGAUCUUCAAGGAGUAUGCUUCCAUGCUUUCAUCUCCUACAGCCAAAGAAAUGCCAGCUGGGUUAUAGGUCAACUUUUGCCCAAGCUUGAAGGUGAAGACUCUGCGAGCAAAAACAGACUGAGAGUGUGUCACCAUGAACGAGACUUCAUCCCUGGAAGACCGAUCUUAGACAACAUCCUCCGUUGCAUAGAACAAAGUAGAUGCUGUGUCUUCGUGCUGUCCUCUCACUUUGUACAGAGUGAGUGGUGCCACUAUGAGCUUUACUUUGCUAGCCACGAGCUAAUAACACGAGGUACGAACAAUAUCAUCCUAAUUCUUCUAGAGCCAUUGCCUGCAUAUCUUAUACCCUCUAAUUAUAACCAGCUAAAGGCAAUGCUGGCCAGACGCACCUACUUAGAGUGGCCCCAGGACAAGGCCAAACAGAGAAUGUUUUGGGCAAACCUGCGGGCGGCGCUGGAAGCAGAUCUACCCGAAUCUGUUGAGAGACCAUGGGAAUGAAAGGAUAAUGAUCCUUAGAGUAAGAGAAUGAGACUUUGAAUGAUCUAAACAUUGCACCACCACAACAAAUUAUGACCCAACAGAAUUUAAUACAGUUGCAAAAUAAGUAAAUACUUAUAAUUAUAAGAUCCACACUUCUGAAUGAUUAAAUCCAAAA